UGAUAACAUGAAAGAUAAUACUCGUAAGUGGGAACAUAAUAAAACCAUAGUUAGUUUCGCCACCAUCAUUCUAUCAAGUAUUCAACAGCGUACAAUCAGCUUCCAUGGCAGCCGGCCGUAGCAUGCCCAUCAUCACCGUACCACCACCCCACCACCACCUAUCUCCACCACCUUCAACAGCUUCCGUAACUGUCACUAACCACCGUUACUUUUCAAACCACCCAACAAUCCAACUCAUAAACCAAUCCUCAAAUUCAAACCAACUUAAACAAAUUCACGCUCACAUGCUCCGUACCGGUCUUUUCUACGACCCCUUUUCGGCCAGUACACUUCUCACAGCUUUCGCGAUCUCUCCGUUGCAAGAUAUCGAGUAUGCACGUAAACUGUUUGAUGAAAUGCCGCAACCAAAUGUGUACACUUGGAAUGUACUUAUUCGCGGGUAUUGUACUUUGAGUAAUGUACCUACUGAGAGUGUUGUAAUUUUCGUUAAAAUGAUGUAUAAUGGGAUUUUACCUGAUAAAUUUACAUACCCUUUUGUGAUCAAGGCUGCAACUGAAGUUUCGGAUUCGAGAGUAGGGAAAGCUGUUCAUGGGAUGGUUGUUAAGACGUCGUUUGGUUCAGAUGUUUUUGUUCUGAAUUCCCUUAUACAUUUUUAUGCUAAAUGUGGAUGUUUGGAUUCGGCGUAUAGGGUGUUUUUGAAUGUUCCUGUGAAAGAUGUUGUUUCGUGGAAUUCUAUGAUUAAAGGUUUUGUUUUAGGUGAUUGCCCUGAUGAAGCGUUGAAUUUGUUCCAUAAAAUGAUUGAAGAGGGUGUUGUAACGCCUGAUAAAGUGACGAUGAUGAGCGUUUUGACUGCUUGUAGUAAGAAGUUGAAUUUGGAGAUUGGGAGAUGGAUGCAUUGUUAUAUCGAGAGGAAUAAGAUUGGAGGGAGCUUGAAUUUGAAUAACGCGUUGCUUGAUAUGUAUACGAAGUGUGGUAGCUUAGAGGAUGCUAAGAAACUUUUUGGUGAAAUGGUUGAAAAGGAUAUUGUUUCGUGGACAACUAUGUUAGUUGGGUAUGCAAAAUCAGGAGAUUAUGUAACUGCUAGAAGGCUUUUUGAGACGAUGCCUAGUCAAGAUAUUGCUGCUUGGAAUGCGUUAAUCUCGGCUUAUGAACAAAGUGGUAACGGGAAAGAGGCUUUGGAAAUUUUUAAUGAGUUACAGAUGAGUAAAAUGGCAGAACCUGAUGAAGUGACUUUGGUUAGUACUCUAUCGGCCUGUGCUCAAGUAGGUGCUAUGGAUAUGGGUGGGUGGAUCCAUGUGUAUAUCAAGAAACAUAGAAUUAAGCUCAGUUGUCAUCUUGUUACCUCAUUGAUUGACAUGUAUGCAAAAUGUGGCGAUCUUAAUAAGGCGUUAGAGGUGUUUAAUUCUGUUGUUGAUAAUCGAGAUGUGUUUAUUUGGAGCGCCAUGAUUGCUGGUCUAGCAAUGCACGGCCGUGGAAAAGAGGCAAUAGAACUUUUUCACAAAAUGCAAGAUAAUAAUGUAAAGCCUAACGGGGUUACUUUUACGAAUUUACUAUGCGCUUGUAGCCACACGGGAUUAGUGGAGGAGGGCCGGGAUUUUUUUAAGAAAAUGGAGCCUGUUUAUGAGGUUGUCCCCGGAGUUAAGCACUAUGCUUGCAUGGUGGAUAUGCUUGGACGUGCAGGUCAUUUGAAUGAAGCUAUAGAGUUAAUUAAGACCAUGCCAAUGCCUCCUUUGGGUUCCAUCUGGGGAGCUCUGUUAGGUGCCUGCAAACUCCAUGGAAACGUAUCUGUUGCAGAACACGCUAGUGACCGUUUACUUGAAUUGGAGCCAUGGAAUCAUGGUGCAUAUGUGCUUUUAUCUAAUAUUUAUGCAAAAUCAGGGAAAUGGGAUAAGGUUGCUAUGCUAAGAAAACGUAUGAAAGAUGUUGGAUUAAAGAAAGAACUAGGUUGUAGCUCGAUUGAGGUAGAUGGUAGUCUUCAUGAGUUUGCUGUGGGAGAUAAUACACACCCACAAUCCAAACUGAUAUAUGGAAAGUUGAAUGAGGUUUCUGAGAAGCUAAAGUUAAAUGGGCAUGAGCCAAUUAGGUCUCAAGUGCUGCAAUGUGUUGAAGAAGAAGAUAUGCAAGAACAAGCACUACAUCUUCAUAGUGAGAAGUUAGCUAUUGCCUUUGGGCUCAUUAGCCAGAAAAAAGGACAACCAAUUCGGGUUAUGAAGAAUCUUCGUGUUUGUGGGGACUGCCAUAACGUUGCUAAGUUAAUUUCAAAGGUUUAUGAUAGAGAUAUUUUGUUGAGAGAUCGUUACAGGUUUCACCAUUUUAAAGCAGGGGACUGCUCAUGUAAAGACUACUGGUAAAUUUUGAUUGAUUGUAAAGUUCAGGUCCGAAUACGAAUUGAGCUCA